CACCAGACCGCAGCGCGUGAGUGUGUGUGUUCUUUACUUAUUUGACCCUAAAGCCCAAGCGGGUGAAAAAAAAGCAAAGCAAUCCAGUCGAGGCGUGAUAUUUCCGGGUCCUAUGACUUAUCAGGUGGUUGUCCUGAGAGGGAGAGGGAGCGUGUGCUUUCUGUUUGAAUACUUUCCUUACGUCCCCGAACCCAAAGCACUUCUCCAAACUGUGUGAGGGAGUAGAGGGGAAGUGGUUGCUCAAAGUUGCCAAAACUUUCCUCUCUCAUAACUGACAGUUGGCAGCAUGGCAGGCGGGUCUGUGUCGGAGUGUAAGGAGUAUUUGUUUAAAGUUUUGGUAAUCGGGGAACUUGGUGUGGGAAAGACGAGCAUCAUCAAGCGAUACGUGCACCAACUCUUUUCGCAACACUACAGAGCGACCAUAGGAGUGGAUUUUGCGCUCAAAGUCCUCAACUGGGACAGCAAAACACUAGUGCGGCUACAGCUAUGGGACAUCGCAGGUCAAGAGCGGUUUGGGAACAUGACCAGAGUUUACUAUAAGGAGGCAGUGGGUGCGUUUGUUGUUUUCGACAUUACUCGAGGCUCUACGUUCGAGGCUGUUUCAAAAUGGAAGCACGAUUUGGACAGCAAGGUGAAACUUGCCAAUGGCAAUCCCAUCCCUUCUGUCCUUCUCGCCAAUAAAUGUGACCAGAAGAAAGAUGGAUCCAACAAUUCCUCACUUAUGGACAACUUCUGCAAGGAGGCUGGGUUUUUGGGUUGGUUUGAAACAUCAGCUAAGGAGAACAUCAAUGUUGAUGAGGCUGCCCGGUUCCUGGUGGAGAACAUCCUUCUCAACGAUAAAGGUCUUCCAUAUGAAGAAAACAAUGGUGACAAGAUUAAACUGGACCAACAAACAGUGCCUGCUGAGAGCAAGUCAGGUUGUUGCUAGUGUGGAUGCUCUUGUGUGUCCCAUCAUCUGACGUGGAAAGGAGGCCAGGGACCGAGCUCAACAAAUUCCCCAAUCCCACCUCAUCCCAAACCCCUGCCACGGAUCACAGCAUAACCAGGGGUCAACAGUUUGUGCUCUAAAAGGGGAGAAGACAUCACUGCCAAAGGACAGAUGAUCAGAUGAAAACAUCUUUCUGAUGCUUUUAAUGACCAUUUUUUCUCUCUCACUCUUGUUCUGCGCCAUGUUUGUCAUUUUAAUAGCGUCAAGCAAGUUACUUCAGUGUGUGCUUGUUGUAAUAUUGCUUAAAACGAAUGAAACUAAAUGGGUGUCAUAGGACCAGGCAAAUACCAGUAAAAGUUCUUAGCCGAAAUUAAAUCAAACGAAUGCCUUUGUCACAGAGGGUUAGCUGUUUUAAAAAAUUCUGGACUAUUUGCAUCUGCUGCUGGGAAUCGCCACCCUAAAUUUUUAAAGGAAAAGUUCUCAAUAUGUCACUUUAUGGCAAAAUAGUACAUAUUCCCAGGGCAUUUAGUCUGUGUCUGUGAAGAUCCAACCAUCACUCUUGAAGCUCUUACCACAAAAUAAUUUGAUCAAGAAAAAAUAAAUAAAAAGAAAAUGAAUUGUCCUCUAAUGCGAGAUCUGUAAGAAUCAUGGGCCUAAGCAUGUAUAUUUGUGGUUCAGAGAGUAAGAUCAUGUUGGUUUUCCUCGGGCUUGUACAUGUUAAUGUUAAAAUAUGUUUAUUAAUUGUUUUUUAAUUGGUACUCAAUGAGGGAUCUGAGCAUUUGCUCUGUCCAUGGCUUUAUUUUAGAAUUACCUGAAGGCAAAUAUACAUUUUAAUAUGCUGGAACAAGUUUGUAAAGUUUGCAAACAAUUGUUUGUUGAAGUAACAAUGACAGAAUAAAACUUUUAAAACUGU